AUGGACGGAGGUGACUUUACCCUCGAAAACACUUCCGCUCCAGCAACCAAACGCGUUUUACCUCUUUUCUCUCUUCAAGGCCGAACUGCUCUCGUAUCUGGUGCUGGAGCAGGAAUUGGGUUGGCUGUUGCUGAAGCGCUGGCUGAAGCCGGGGCGAAUGUUGCUAUAUGGUACAACAGCAAUAAGAAGGCAAUUGAGGAAGCUACAACUAUUGAAAAGGAAUAUGGCGUCAAAUGCAAGGCAUACCAAGUGGAUGUGACCUCGUACGAUGCGGUAGCUGCUAGUAUCCAGGAGAUUGUCCGCGAGUUCAACGGACGUCUAGAUGUCUUUGUGGCAAAUUCAGGAAUCCCUUGGACACAGGGUUCCAUGCUAGACGCCCAACUGGAGCAUUAUCAAAAAGUCAUGACCACUGAUGUGGAUAGUGUCUUUUAUUGUGCUCGAGCGGCAGGUCUACACUGGCGACGACAAAAGCUAGAGCAAACCACUAUUGAUGGCAAGAAGCUCGAACCAGCAUUCCGCCAAGGAAGUUUUGUCGCGACAGCUAGUAUGAGUGGAUCGAUUGUCAAUGUCCCUCAACAACAAGCUGCCUAUAAUGCGGCCAAGGCUGGAGUAAUUCAUCUUUGCAAGUCGCUUGCGGUUGAAUUUGUCGGAUUUGCCAGGGUGAACACUGUAUCGCCCGGGUACAUAGCGACAGAGAUCUCGUCCUUUGCGCCUAGUGAAACGAAGGAUGUCUGGCGCAAGAAGACUCCUAUGGGUAGAGAGGGCGAGUGCCACGAGCUCAAAGGGGCAUUUCUCUAUUUAGCAUCCGAUGCUGCGAGCUAUACCACGGGUGCUGACUUGAUCGUUGAUGGCGGGUAUUCGCUGCCGUAG